CUCUAUCCUGUAAUUUGGAACAAGAAGUUUAUAACUUCAGCACCUCUUCUUCUUCUUCUUCUUCUUCUUCAAUCUUUGGUGCCUGACCUUGAAAGCCCUCGCUCAAAUGGCCUCUUUCUCUGUUGGGAUGCACAUCUCCCCAACCCACCAUUUCAAGAAACGCUCACAUAUCUCAUCAUCUCUUCCUAGCUAUCUCCUUCAGGCACAGCCCUCACUCCCUUGCUUUGGAUCGUCUUUGUGUAGAACCAGGGGUACAAGGUUGCUGGGCAAUGGGGUUCUUGCUAGAGCUGAAGACAAGGCCAGGGGUUCAACAUCUUCUUCUUCUUCGUUUCAGGAGCAGCAAGCUCAACCAAAUCCUGAGAGUCAACUAGAGGAGCUGAGACCAGACUCUGGGUCAUGUGAUCCUUUAUGUUCACUGGACGAGACGAGUUCACGUGAUUUUGAAGCCACUUAUCAACCCAAGACUGAUUUGCUGAAAGCUCUUGCAAUAUUUGCAGCAGCUGCAACAGGGGCAGUGGCAAUUAACCAUUCAUGGGUUGCUGCCAAUCAGGAUGUUGCUAUGGCAUUGCUAUUUGGAAUAGGAUAUGCAGGCAUCAUUUUUGAAGAAUCUCUAGCCUUCAAUAAAAGCGGAGUGGGAUUGCUGAUGGCCGUCAGCUUAUGGGUAGUGCGUAGCAUUGGGGCUCCUUCAACUGACAUAGCUGUUUCAGAGCUAACACAUGCAUCUGCAGAAGUCAGUGAAAUAGUGUUUUUCUUGCUUGGUGCAAUGACCAUUGUAGAGAUAGUUGAUGCUCAUCAAGGUUUUAAGCUGGUUACUGACAACAUAACCACUCGAAAGCCACGGACGCUCCUCUGGGUGGUUGGUUUUGUGACUUUUUUCCUUAGUUCAGUCCUAGACAACCUGACGUCGACUAUUGUCAUGGUUUCAUUAUUACGGAAACUAGUACCUCCAUCAGAAUUCCGCAAGCUUCUAGGAGCUGUUGUUGUGAUAGCAGCAAAUGCAGGUGGUGCAUGGACUCCUAUUGGUGAUGUUACCACUACCAUGCUAUGGAUACACGGUCAGAUAUCCACUUUGCCGACAAUGAAGAACCUAUUCAUACCUUCAGCUGUUUCUCUAGCUGUCCCUUUGGCACUUAUGUCCCUGACUAGUGAAGUUAGUGGGAAGGGACAGGACUCUCCCAAUGUUUUGGCAUCUGAACAGAUGGCUCCUCGAGGACAGCUUGUUUUCUCAGUAGGUAUCGGAGCUUUGAUUUUUGUUCCAGUGUUCAAGGCCCUAACCGGUUUGCCUCCCUUUAUGGGUAUCCUGCUUGGACUUGGAGUUCUAUGGCUUCUGACUGAUGCUAUCCACUAUGGGGAAUCUGAAAGGCAAAAGUUGAAAGUACCACAAGCUUUAUCACGGAUUGACACUCAAGGAGUUCUUUUCUUUCUUGGAAUCCUUUUGUCUGUUAGCAGCCUUGAGGCUGCAGGGAUUCUUCGGGAAUUGGCAAAUUACCUUGAUGCUCAUAUUCCUAGUAGUGACGUGAUUGCUACUGCAAUAGGAGUCGUAUCAGCAAUUAUAGACAAUGUUCCACUGGUUGCAGCAACAAUGGGAAUGUAUGAUCUGACCUCUUUUCCCCAAGAUUCUGAGUUUUGGCAGUUGAUUGCAUUCUGUGCUGGCACUGGUGGAUCCAUGUUAGUUAUUGGCUCAGCAGCUGGAGUUGCAUUUAUGGGGAUGGAGAAGGUGGACUUCUUUUGGUACUUCCGGAAGGUGAGUGGUUUUGCUUUCGCAGGUUAUGCUGCUGGUAUUGCUGCUUACCUAGCAGUACAUAACCUCCCCAUCUCCCUACCCACCACUGUAGCUCAGGUUCCUUUCCUUUCUGGUUCAUAAAUCAUAGAGAGCUUUGGCUAGGAUGUUUCCCUGGCUUCAAAAAAGGCAGUCAAAUGUGGCAGUAUGCAUUAUUGAAAAAGUGAAUGGCAAUCGUCUAAGUUUGGCAACAUGGACAUGAUUCCUUUGAGAUAUAGAAAGUCAAAUGAAGAAAAGUUGAAAAAAAAAUUGACUUGUGAUAAGUUGAGAUUUUUUUGGAUCAGGCUCUCAAAAAGAUUUCACUUUCUGAUGACUUCAAUGAGAAAUGUAAUAAUGCUCAGUCUAUUAAAUAUUUCUUUCGAGGUUAGAAUGAUGAAGGGGUUUUAGAGUAGCUUUGUACCCGUAUGGGUGCCGCCUAGUGGUCAAAGGGCGGGCUUGGAAUGAGCUGUGGACUUGGAUAUUCUAAGUUUGAUUUUGCACUAGGAGUUCUCCUGGAUUACCUUAUACACGGUUCUGGCGAGUAGAGUAGUGUAAUCGAGUUUUACUCUUCAUGGGUGAGUUCGAAGGGCUUUGGUUUGGUAAAGUUUCAUGUCAUUAGAAAAAAAUAAAUGAUGAAACGGUGAAUCAAUGUAUGGAGUUUGUAGUGUUGUUUAUUGGAAGAUGCAUUUUUAAAGCAUUAAAGAAAAAUAAAAUUAAAAUAUAUAUAUAUAUAUAUAUAAAUCAGAUUGCUUUCCUUAAAUAGCAAGCUGACUUAUGGUGGUUUGAAUCUGCUUACCGAUGUAAUCUUCAACGAUUGUAGGCUUGUAGCCUUGGUGGCCAUGUAUUCUUGUAACACUAUCCUAAAGGUCAUGACUUUUAUAAUGGGCCAAAUUUUCACUUUCCGAAUGA